CGAAAGUUCCAGGGAUGUUCUAACCCCACCCCCCCCGCUAAAACCACUGGCCGGUCCGGAGCCCAGGCCCUGAUGCAAGAUGGCGUCAAAGAAGUUCCGUGUGGCAGUGAUCGGGGCAGGAGCGGCAGGACUGUGUGCGGCCCGCCACAUCCUCACCUACUCCGACACUUUCCUUCCUCCGGUGGUGUUCGAGGCCUCUGACCGGCUGGGGGGCACCUGGGUGUAUACUGAGCGGACUGGGGAAGACGCUGAGGGAUGGCCCAUCCAUUCCAGCAUGUACCGCAGUCUCAGGACCAACCUUCCCAAAGAAGUCAUGGCCUUCCCGGAUUUCCCCUUUGACCCAUCGCUGCCAUCCUUCCUGCAUCACUCAGAUGUGCUGGCCUACCUGGAAAGCUACGCAGAGCAAUCUGGCAUCCAGGACCAUGUUCGGUUCCGGUGGCAGGUGGAUGGCGUGAGGCCUGUGCUGGGGGAACAGGGCACCGCAGGUGGCUGGGACAUCAAAGCAACAGUGCGGGGGUCAGGAUCAACACAGCAUUUCUCAGAACACUUUGAUGCCAUCAUGGUCUGUAGUGGCCAUUACGCCAUCCCAUUCAUACCACCCAUUCCUGGCCUGGACAGCUUCCAAGGCUGCCUCCUGCACAGCCACUCAUAUCGACACCCAGAGCCCUUUGCGGGCCUGACGGUGGUGCUGGUGGGUGCUGGCGCGUCUGGCGUCGACCUGGCGCUGCAGCUGUCUCCCGUGGCUGCUCGUGUGGUGCUGAGCCAUCAGGGGCCACCCGUGUGCGGGCUGCCCGAAGAUGUCCUGCAGGUGCCCCGGAUCUUGAAGGUGGCGAAGGAGACGGUGGUGUUUGGGGACGGCUCAGCGCUGCAGCCGGAUGCCUUGAUUCUCUGCACUGGCUACCGGUACCGCUUUCCCUUCUUGGCCUUGGCCCAGCUGGGCUUACAGGAGACGGACUACGGGGUGGGUCCCCUGUACCGCCACUUGCUUGCCCCCCGGCACCCUUCCCUGUUCUUUAUUGGCCUCUGCCAGCAAAUCUGCCCCUUCCCACACUUCCACUGCCAGGUGCUCUUUGCACUGGCAGUGCUCCGCGGCCGCUGCCUCCUGCCUUCUGCAGCUGAAAUGGAGGCUGACGCCCAGGGGCAGCUGGACCGAUACCUGAGGGAGGGGGGACUAGCUCAGCACUUCCUGAGGCUCAAGGCUCAGCAGUGGAGCUAUGCGGAGGAGCUGGCCCAGCUGGCAGGCUUCCCACCUUUACCGCCUGCAGUCCGAGAGAUCUACGAAGCGACACGUGCCAGACGGCUCCGCAACGUGGGCACCUAUCGUGACCUGACGUACCGGCUGCUGGGACCCGAUGCUUGGGAAGAGGUGCGGGAUUCUGGCCGAGACCUGGAAGGGAACGGAAGUGCAGAGUGAAGGUCUUCCACUAUGGAUGCUGGGAUUUUUGUACCCUCUGUAGGGGAGAGAGGACUUCUUCGCGGCUUCUCUCAAUGCCUAACUCUGGCCAUACAGAGAACUGGACUGAGAAGAAUGAAGCUGAGAAAGAAAACAGUAAUGAGUCUAGCGGCCUCUUAGAGGCUGACAAAUGCACUGCGGCAGCAGGCGUUUGUGUGGGCAAAAGUGCGAAAUAGACAAUGCGUAAGGGAGAUUUAUAUAUAUAUAGCUGUGUGUGGGUGUGUGGAGAUCUGUUUUACUGGGUGAGUUUAAAAGAUAAACGAAUAGGUCGCGAUAACAGUGUUUUUGCAGAUCAAAAGUAACAAGGUCCAGAUUAAGUCUUGAUGGCAAACCUUUUAGAGACCAAGUGCCCAAACUGC